GUGUCAGAGAUCGAGCGGAUCAUGAGAGAGCGAGCAUUAGAACGCGAAUACCUCGAAGACGAGAAAUCGAGGAAGAAUAGUUUCAAGAACACCAAGUGUGAUGGUGAAGAAGGGAUAGGAGUAAGAAAAGGAAGCAUCUGCCUGGAAGAGGAAAGUGCACGGAAGGACACGGUUCUGCUCGAAAGAGAGAAGGAAGGAUGUGCGGAACAAGAGGUCUUUCAAGAGUGUGUGGGCAAGAGGUUACGGCUCGAAGAAGGCAGCAAAGCAAAAGUGAACGAAUAUUCGCGGAAGGAAAUUGGCGGCGAGGAAGGGCAAGGGACCAGAGACGCCAAGGGGGGGCGUGAAGACCAGACAAAAGAGGAGCUGGAGGCAGGAGAGACAGAGCGAGAGGACUCAGAAGAGACACUCAGCGAAGACGGAAGUGAGGAAGACACCAACGACGAAGGCGACGGCGGGGAGGCGCUGCUGCAGGUCGAGCUGCGGGACCAGAGGCGCUCCCGACCCGCCUCGCUCUACAGGUACUCGAGCGUGAGACCUCGCACCAUCAUCAUGGGCUUCGGAGUGUGCACGGAGACGCAGUUCUUCAGCGAGGAAUUCGGCGAGGGCGUUAGUGAGACCGAGAGCGAGGAUGAAGAGGAGUUUGUCACGCCCACGGGCGGCGUGGGGGGCGUGGCGGAGGGCAGCACGAACACUCACCAAGCUCAGACCUCCUCCCACGCCCAAAGGUCAUCGUCGUCGAGAUCGGGGUCGCGGCCGCCUUCGCCCUCCGCCGGCAAAACUCAGGCGCGAUCUCAGUCCCGCCCACACUCGCCCCUGUCCGACAUGGACACCGAAUCAAAGAGGAACUCUCAGGCGGUCAGCACCGAACCCUCCGAGAUCGACGACCACAGUUCCGUCAGGAGCAGUGACCUAGAGUCGUGCCAUGACCUUUCCUCCCCGCGGUCUUCCCUCUUGGCUCAGGACACCACAAGCGUGCAUGAACUCGAUCACACUGUAGAUGCACGCAAGGACAAGGCCUAUAGGAUUGCUCACGAACUCCUCAACACCGAGAGGACCUAUGUGAAGGUCCUUCAUCUCAUUGACCAGGAGUUCCAGUUCCGCGUCGACCAAGAGAACCGAGCACACCACCUCUUUCCAGCUGACAUCAUCCCCCAGAUGUUUUCCAAUGUCAAGUCCAUCUACAAACUCCACCAUGACUUCCUUCUCCCACAGCUUGAGGAACGUAUGGCUCAGUGGGAACAGAACAGGAGAAUCGGUGAUAUAAUGAAAAGUUUUGCUCCAUUCUUGAAAAUGUAUACUGAAUAUGUGAGAAACUUUGACAAUGCAAUGACGAUCAUUAACUCUUGGCAAGCCAAAUGUCCAAGAUUUGCUACAAUCAUGGAUGAGAUACAUUCAAUGGAAGUGUGUGGCAACCUUACCCUGCAGCAUCACAUGUUGUCACCUGUACAACGCAUCCCUCGUUAUGAAAUGCUGCUUCGUGAAUACUUAAAGAAACUCCCGGAAGAUUCUCCAGACCGCCAUGACACAGAAAAGGCUCUUCACCUGGUUUCAACAGCAGCUAAUCAUGCCAAUGAUGCCAUGAAGAAAAUUGACAAGUUUGAGAAACUUCUGGAGAUCCAAGAGAGUCUAGGAGGAGCAGUUGACCUCGUCUCCCCAACAAGAGAGCUUGUCAAGGAGGGGAAGAUUAUAAAGAUUUCAGCUAGAUCAGGAGACCAUCAGGAGAGAUAUGUCUUUUUGUUAACAGACUUAUUGCUACUGUGUUCACCACGUCUGAUGGGAAGCAGAGUGAUGAGUGGGCCACAAUAUCGCCUCCGGGCCAGGUACAAUGUGGAGAACCUGCAGGUGCAUGAGGGAGACAACCUGGAAACAGCAAACACAUUUUACAUCAGAGAUGAUAAUAAAUCUGUUGAGCUCUACACACAAACCAUAGAGGAGAAAGAGCAAUGGCUAGAAGCACUCUUCAGGGCGAUUCAUGAGACUUACCAAAGGAAGUCUUCACUGAAACUCCACUGUAACCCAGACCAGCGUGUUGUGGACCUCGACCUAGGGCAGAAACAGCCCACACUGAUCCGUUCAGACUCUGUUACAAAAUGCAUGGAGUGCGGGAGCCAAUUCACCAUGGUGCGGAGGAAGCACCACUGCAGGGCAUGUGGAGCAGUGGUGUGUAGCAAAUGCUCCAGUUUCAAGGCCAGUUUAGCUUAUGAUAGCGGCAAGAAUGUUCGUGUCUGCCGGACUUGCCAUGCAACGUUGCAGGAGCUGUCAUCAUCCACUGCAACCCCUUCUCCAGAGAUAAAUGAGGGGGAUGAGUGCUCUAUACACACAGUUAAAGAACCUCCUGAUUUAGCUUUUAGAAGUAGGGGAGUUUUAGAGGUUUCAGCAGCAGCAGAUGGUGCUGUGGCUCAAGGUUUCCUCCAACUCAAGACACAUCGCAAAGCUUGGGUGAAACGGUGGUUUGCUCUGCACACUGAUUUUGUUCUGUAUUCCUUCAAGUGUGAUAUGGAUGCGCAGGCACUCACAGCAACACCAGUACCUGGGUUCACUGUCACACAUCUUCAGGGCACAAGAAAUGAAAGUGGUAUUAAUGAUAAGGAAAAGGAACGGGCAUUUAAGCUGCACCACUCCAAGAAACAGUAUAUAUUCCUGGCAGCUUCAAAGGAGGAUUCUUUAAGAUGGGUGGCAGCACUGAAGAAAGCUUCACAGGCAGAGUUGCCAUCUCCGGUUCAAUGACGAGAGAGGCAGGUGAUCGAAGCCCUCAUUACAUGUCUGUGAGAACAACCUGUAAUGCACCUAAGUAAAUACUGGUAUUGGAUGUUAGUACAGUCAGGAAUAUGACAAUCUUUAGAUUUCCUUAACGAGGUUUAGUCAGUAUUGGAAUCCCCAUAUUGAAUCCCAAAUAAGAAGUAAGAACAUAGCUAAAUUUCUGAGCUACUGAUAAAGAUCCAGAAGAAUAGUUUACUAAAUACUAUGCAGUAGAAAAAGGGUAACAAUAUAUAGCUGGACCUUUUAAGGCUUAGGUAUUAAGUCAUAUUCCUGUUUGAUGAAAUUAGUAUUUCAUACACCAGCUGUAGACUUCAUACGUCCAGAAAACGCAUAAAUGUUGUGACAUCCAGCAUUUGGAACUAAGGGGAUGAAACGAAGCAUCUGCAAGCCAACGGGGAUAUGAUAAUCAAAAUUAUUUAUUGAUGUCGAUGUUGCAAGCAAAAAAGUCAAUAUAAACUACUCGUCUCCUCUUUCUUAAUCUGCUCUUGGCGUGGGCAAGGUGUUCCAGUUUGAUUUUUAUUGUUUUGGCUGUGAGUUGUCUAAUCUGUGUUUGGCGAUUUAGGUUAUAAAUCUCUCUCCCAAAUCAUUUUAGCAAUUUGUUUGUAUAACUUCAUUUAUUUUCUAAAUUUUAGUAUAAGUGAAAGGCUAAGGGGAAAAAUCAAAUGAGAACAUCAUAUUGACAGUUGGUAUUCUUGUUAUGUAUAUUUUCUUGUAAUUGGAAUCCAUGUCUUUUUCUCCUUUUUAUUUACCCUAAAUUCAGGGUUUAGUUUAAAAUAAGGGAUUUCUCUUCAGAAUUGAGGUAUUUGUUGGUUUUCUUUUUUCCUGUUUUAGCAUUGUUUUAUAUCACACUUUUUAAUUUGAGUAAACCAUAUCUAUGAUCUUCAUUAAGAAUCUACCAAAAUAGGCCUUCAUUUGCUGUGAUUUAAAUCAUAUCAGGAUAUGUUAAUUGAAUGAACAGCUUUGAAAUUUUAUCAAGACAAAAAGAUUUUAAAAAUUCAGUGCCAAACAAAUUCUUGCUACACUGCCUUCUAAAUCUCUUAAGCUGUCUAUUCAUUCUUAUGGAUUACAAGUGACAGUCGAGUGGUGGUGUAACCCGUGGACUUACUUUGUGUAGACUUCGGGCAGAGUGUGAGAAGGGAUGGGAAUGCUUGUAUGUCUAGAUUAAUCCUAGGAUGUACACCAGUGAUUGGGAAUGGUGUUUUAGUGGCUUCUAGAGUCAAGUUAAAGUGUACAUGUGUGAUGGAAAAGGUAUAUAGUGGCUUUUAGAGUCAAGCUGUCUUUAUGGCUUAUUGUCAUAGAAUCUUGUGCACCUUUCUUCUAUGCUUUAAAAUGCUUCAUCGUGCUUCACUUAUCUUGUUUGACAUUGUCUGAGUGCUCUACAUUUCCUUUGGAGUUAAUCAAGGAGUAUCUCUAGCAAAGACAACUUGUAAAAGAUCAUCAUUUUUUCAGCAUUUCUUCAUGAAAUGCAUAUUAGAAACUGUAUUGGAAUGUAGAGUGUUUCAAGACAAUGUAUUAUGGUUGGAAAACUUUACUCAUUAAACAAAAUGAAUAUCUCAAGCAGUGCAGUAUUUUCAGUAACUAUUUAGUGCUUGAAUUCAUUGUUAGAUUUUUCUUUUGAUAUGCAAAAUUGAUAAAUUGAUUACUGAUUG